UCCAAAGAGACUCUCCAGAAGCUUGUUAAAUGUGUCUAUGAAGCUCAGGAAGAGGAACUGACUCGGUGCUUCCUGCAGAAAGUGGGCAGGGAUCUGACUUCCUGUUCCUUGAGCUGGGAAGAGCUUCAUUAUUUCCUGCAGCACAGAAUUCAACAAAUCACUCUGAACCUCAGAAAGAGUAACAUUCAGGUCAACAUCAGAGAAAUUCUGCCGUUCCUGAACCGGAUUAAGUUUAAACGGAUGAGCUCUGCCUUCAUGCUGUGUGUGAUCAGAGAGAUCUAUGAGUCCGGCUCUGCUGGGUUUGUGUCCAGUCUGUUGAGUUCAGUGGAGAACUACAUUAACCUGCAGAGCAGAGAUCUGGACUCUGUUCACUGUGCGGCCCUGCGCUUCACACUGCAGCACUGCACUGCAGCUUCACUCAACCUGCUCUGGACCUCCAUACCAGAGGAAGAGCUGCAGAGCAUUCUGCCUCUCUUCACACACCUCUCCCACCUCAGUGUUGACAGGCUGCUGUUACUGAAGAUUCUUCACUGCUGCAGUGUCUCUGAUGUCCAGCAGGAAGCAGCAGCUGUUCUGCUCUCUGUCCUUCAGCACAAGCUGGACUUCUCCUGCCGCUCUGCUCUGGAUCUGACAGCAAACACAGACUCAGAGCCUCUACAUCUGACCGCUGACGACUGCCAUGAGAUGUCCAGAGUCAUUCAGAGAGCUCAUUCAGACACAAAGACACGGCUGAUUCUGCAUGACUGUGAGAUUCAUAAAGCUGGCAUUUAUCAGCUGUUCCCAGUGUUACAUUCUGUUCAUCUCUGCUGUGAUAAACCUCUGCUGCUUCAGUUUGUGGCUCGUGUGAGGCCUGAGGAAGCCCAGUCUCUCUCUCAAGCUCUGGGUGAAGAGCUGGAUCUCAGUCAGACUCAGCUGGAUCCGCAGGUCUGUAGAGGUCUGGAGCUGAUUCUGGAAUAUUCUGAAGGACUGACAGAACUGGAUCUGAGUCAGUGCCGUCUCACCGAUGACAGUCUGGAUCUGCUGCUCCCAAACCUCCACAAAGCUCAAAUCACUGAUUUCAGUGGCAACAGCAUCACUGACGCUGGGGCUGAGAAGAUCUACAGUAUCGUCACUCGCAACAGUAACAUUAAGACAGUAAGGCUCUUCAACAACAGAAUUGAAUCCAGAGAGCUCUUCAGCAAAGACCCCCGAAUUGAGAUCUGGUGAUGUCAGUAAACUCUGUCUGGAAUCAACAAGCAGUGUCUCUCCAGUAGUGGACAGCAAUGAUGUAUUGAUAACAAGAGCCCAGAUGAUCCACAGCAACGACGGAAAGGAGGAGAUAGACACGAAGACAACCAAAAUAAAGAGCAAGUUCAUUCUGAUUAGCUGAUCUUCUCCUCAUCAUCCUUAAGAAGAGAAAGAUCAUUUGCAAGCAGGCAGUGUUUCACUAGCUGGGCUUCCAUCACCAUGCUUUUAUGCACAUUUUAAAGUAUUGCAUCAGAAUCGAGAGAUGGAAAUGCUGAAUUAUGAAUAAAAAUGCCUUAUUUUGCAAAAAAGUUUUUCCGCUUGCUUGAGGUGGUUUUCGACUUGUGCGAAAACUGCAUUCAUUGUGUUUCAUCUGCUCGUUCUGAGGUGCAAGUAAUUUAUUAUAUAUGAAAAUGAUUAUAUUCAGUAGCUUCUUCUACUUUUCUUAGUAAUGUAUAGUGCCAGUUUAGUUUAGUGGAAGUGACAAUUUUGUUAUCUUUGACUCGUUGGGUGGAAACGCUGCUUGUUCGCAAAUGUUUUGUGUGAUAUUUAAAUUUUGCGGUUAAGUUAAAAUCGCAACUUUUGAAGUAAAGCCAGCUAGUGUCUGAGCUCUAGUGUUUACUGCAAACACAAUACAAGAGAGACAUUAUACUCAGGAAAUCACACUUACCUCAUUCCUGUGAAUGAAAUGUUUGGCUAGUUAGGCCGCAGCAAAUAUCUCAAUGGUACCUCAGAUGUUCACUGGACCUUUCGUCCUUUUUGACACUGUUACUUUUUUAAUUAAUAUGUGGAUAUGGUCACAAGCUGUUAAACUGUCACUGUAGAGGAUUGCGCCUGUAUUCUGUAUUCUUUUAUCUGUAUGAAAUAAAACAUGCAUAUUCA